AUGAAAAAGGAGCAACCAAACAAUUGCAAAAGAUAAUUGGAGCCCAUGCCCAAUUACAUAAUGUUUGAUGGGGAAGGCAAUUAUGGGAGAAAGUAACUGUAAGACUUAGAUCACAAGAAUUUGAAAGUGUAAAUAAAUUUGCAUUGGAAAGGGGAGGAGAAUGUUGAGGAGUAGAAUAAGAAUUGUGAAACUGAAAAUAAGCAAAUCUUACCCAAAAUUUUGAAUUUAAAAAAGUCCUAAGAUGUUGAACCAAUGAAGACAACAAUCAGUAUAGGUAGUUUAAUAUUUGAGAAUUUAAGAACAUCAAAAGAGAUUUGGUAAAUACAGUCUGAGGUAUUUACAAAAAACAAACCCAUUUGGCAACAAGGAUGGUUUGCAGGAUGA